AUGUUGUCUAUUGUCGAUAGUUAUUCCCAUUGCGCUGCCAUCGCCGAUCUUCAAGCAAGAGCCAUCAACGAUCAAUCGGUAAUGGACACUGUCAAUGUUCAUGAUGUGGAUAUUGAUACACCCAAAAUGAAAGUUCCAAAUAGGUUUCAUUGGGAUCCUCAUACAUUCAAGAUAUUUCUUGAGGAAUGUAUGACCGAGCUAAAUAACAGGAAUAGGACAGAUACUUAUUUCAAACAGGCGGCGUGCCAAAAUAUAUGUAAGAGGCUUUUGGAACGAACGGGUAAAGAAUUGGACAGAAAUCAAAUGACAAACAAAUGGGACAUUAUGCGGAAAGAGUUUAAAUAUUAUGACCGUUUAACAAGACUAGAAACGGGAAUUUCAACUGAUCCCACGAAAAAUAUAAUCUCAGCAUCAAAGGAAUGGUGGGAUGAGAAAAUAAAGGAAGAUAAAGAGUAUGCUAAGUUUAAGGAUAAGAAUUUGGAUGUGUAUCAGACAUAUUAUGAGGCUUUAUUUCAGGAUACUGUAGCUGUUGGAGACAAGGCUAAGGUACCUUGCGAAUUUGGCACUGGUAGCAUUCCGGUUGAUGUACAGUAUGUGGAUAUUACGAAUGAAAAAAUGGAUACUGACGGAGUCCGCUUAUUUGAAGAUGUUGAUCCUUUUCUCACAUAUGAUAGUUCUAGUAUGAAAAGGAAGGGAAAGAAGUUAACUCCCAGGCAUGACAACAAAAGAAAAUUUGAAGGGAAUAAUGAAGGAAAAAACGAAGGGAAAAAUAUGGCAAACUUGUCAUAUGAAGAGAAACUAGACACUAUUUUUGAUGUUUUGUUAACAAGGAGCACUCAACCCUCUAGACAAACCAUACAGUCACCCACAACAGAAGAUUACAUGGCAACUGUCUCUACUUUCCCGGGUUUUGAAGAAGGGUCAAUAUGA